AUGAUGAGUGUCAAUGCUCUUAAUUUAAGUAGAAAGUGUGGAGUGCCCGUGAUGACAAGAGGCUUCAGCAGUAUAUCCAAGUUUCCAAAGGUUAAAGACGGUCAAGUGGAAGAGUUCCUCGAUACCCAGGCGAAGGAAAUCUCUGAAUGGUGGGAGAGUGAACGGUUCAAGAAUAUUAAAAGGACGUAUACGCCUCUCGAUGUGGCUAAACACCGUGGUUCUUUUGGGAAUGAUGUGACUUACCCAUCUUCGAUUCAAGCCAAGAGGCUUUUUGACACUUUAGAGUAUAAGUUUCAGAACCGUUUGCCAGUUCACACGUUGGGGGUGAUUGAUCCGGUGCAAAUGUCUCAGCUAGCUAGAUGUGAUGGUAUUGAUGUUGCUUAUAUCUCUGGGUGGGCAUGUUCAUCUACGAUGGUUGGUUCGACAAACGAGGUGUCGCCAGAUUUUGGUGAUUAUCCGUACGACACCGUUCCAAACCAGGUGGAACGGAUCUUUAAGGCACAGCAAAUGCAUGACAGAAAGCAGUUGUUGAAGUUUUCCGAGACAGGAGAGGCUAGCAAUAGGGUAGAUUACUUGAAGCCCAUUAUUGCUGAUGCUGAUAUGGGCCAUGGUGGUACUACCACUGUGAUGAAACUAGCCAAGCUAUUUGCUGAGAAAGGUGCCGCAGGGAUUCAUCUUGAAGAUCAGUUGCACGGUGGGAAGAGGUGUGGACAUUUGGGCGGUGCUGUCAUUGUGCCUACCAGCACGCACAUCUCUAGGCUUGUUGCUACGAGAUUGCAGUGGGAUAUAAUGGGUACUGAGAAUCUUGUUAUUGCUAGAACAGAUUCUUGCAACUCGAAGUUGUUGAGUAGCAAUGUUGAUCCAAGAGACCAUGAGCAUAUUCAAGGUGUCAUUACCAAGGACGCAAAACCAUGGAGUGAAAUUCUGUGUGAGUUGGAAAAUGCCGAUGCGUCUUCGGCUGAGAUAAGCCAAGCAGAAGCAAGCUGGUAUGCCAAUAACAAGCUAUUCACGUUUGAAGAGGCGGUGGAACAGCAGCUUUCUGAGUCAAAGGUCAGUGCUUUCAAGAAAGAGUGUGAGAAGUUCUUGCAAUCGAACAACAAGGGGUACAUUUCCAUCAAAGAGUACAAGUCGAUUGCUAGGUCUGUUAACGGUGGUUCCGACAUUGUCUUCGACUGGGAUGCACCAAGAACAAAAGAAGGGUUCUACAUGUUCAAAGGUGGUAUGAAAGCAGCUAUUCAGAGAUCAUUGGCAUUUUCUCCAUAUGCUGAUUUGUUAUGGUUAGAGACAAAGACACCGGACUUGGCCCAAGCCAAAUCCUUUUCCAAAUUGAUCCACGAUAAGUACCCACAUGCGAAGUUGGUAUACAACCUAUCUCCAAGUUUCAACUGGAGCGCACAUGGAUACAAUGACCAACAACUCCAAAGCUUUAUUUGGGAUCUUGCCAAGGAAGGGUUUGUCUUGCAAUUGGUAUCUCUAGCUGGAUUGCACACCGAUGCGUCUUCGUUCUGGAAAUUGGCCAAGAGGUAUCAGACUGAAGGUAUGAGGGCAUACGUUGAGGAAGUACAAAGACCUGAGAAGGAAAGUGGUUGUGAUGUUCUAACUCACCAGCAAUGGUCUGGUGCAGAGUAUGUCGAUUCCAUUAUGCAAUUGGUUCAAAACGGGUCCAGUUCUCAGACUUUGAGCACUAAAGGUGACAGCUUUACUGAGACCCAGUUUUGA